AUGGAUCCUUGUUUAACGUUAACGGUGGUUGUGCUACUGAGUUUGGCGGGGAUUAGGAAGUAUUCGUUUCUCUAUCACAAUUUUACCUUUUAUGUAGCUCAGGUUUUCCAUCAAUGUUCAAAUGGUAUUUUGUGGACUAUGCUGAACAACCUAUGGAAAAAGUACAUAAUCAAGAUAAAAUGUGAGAAAAAUAUUACUACGGAACAACCUAACACUCCAUCAGUUAUAUAUCUUUGUCGUAUUUGUUCCGGUUUUCGAACAGAUAAUGAAUCUUUAGUUGAAACUCACCUUAUUGAUAGACACCAGAUUCAGAGCAAAAUGUAUUCAGAACUAUGUUCAUGUGAUGACUCAAAUGAUUCCGAUCAUAUUGGUCUGGAGUCAGUAUUAACCACUGAUAAUUCAACCUUCACUGCUUCUGAUACUAAAGAAGAUCACACUUCAGACAUUUUAAACACUUUGUAUUGCCAAACAUCUUAUGUAUCAAAAUCUCCAACAAAUGUAGAUGAAGCUUCUCCUGUUACCAACGAUCUAAAUUCAGUUGAUUCAAUCAGUCCCCCACAAUCACCAGUUUCUCCCGUUUUAAGAGAAUUGAACAGCACACGUAAGAAGAUUACGAUAACUUUAAACAGCUCACCACCACUACCUACAACGGCACCGAAUGUUCCAGAACUUCAAAAUCCAGAAAAACCUGUGGGUAUAUCCGGUGGGAAUGAUGAAUCUACUUCAUCUUUGGUAUAUGGGGCAUUCUUAUCCGCAUCUAAUUCACCCAAAGAUCCAAUAAACUCUUCCUUGAAGCAUAAAUGCCCUGAUUGUGACCGUUGUUUUAGUAGUUAUAAAGCAUUUGAACGUCACACUCUUCGAUCACAUGCACCAGCUCAUCAUUCUGAUGAAAAACCAGUUGAUUUAGAUGGCCAUUCACCUGAGAAAUAUUCAUCCACCACUGUAAACUAUGAAUUUAUAUGCUCUCAGUGCAACCGUAGUUUUGCUACUAGUCAGGCAUACAAAAUCCAUGCAAGAGCGCAUAAAUCAAACAAAAUAUCCACGCGAUCUAAUGAUACAGUUAAUAGUUAUAGGAAUGAUUUACUUGAUAGCAAUAAUAAUAAUCAUCGUAAAGAAAACAUCAUUGAAUCUCGAUAUCGUACAAUUCUACCUAAACCGUGUAAUAAACAAUCAUCCAUGCAGUUUUCAUUGCUGGAUCUAAAACCAAAACGUCGAAAUGCUCGUCGUCAGACUAACAGUUUAUUUUCAUCUGAACAAAAUUCAUCAUUGGCAAGAAAAGUCAAUAAGAACGAUGGUGGUAAUAAUACUUCUAUUGGACUAUGCAAAUAUUCAUCAAAUUAUACGUCGAACGGGAAUCUGCAUAUUCAUCCAAAUUCAGCCAACAUUGUUCUCCACUCUGCAAAUAAUGAUCCUGAUAACCAAAAUGAUGGUAUGAAUAUAAAUAAUCAUGUAAUUUAUGAUUCUAUGGUCAACACAAAUGAUACAGUUAAUAAACCACCGCAUUUACUCACUGUUGCAGCAGCUUAUGCCUCCCAGAUUUCUUUCACUACAUGUAACAGUAGUGAUACGUCACAAAAUUUAUCAAAUGAUUCUUCUAUUCCCGGUGUUCAAGUCUACCCUAUUCCAUGGUCGUCCGAUGCACAUAAUUCUAGUCUAGUAUCUACUAAUUCCCUCAUAUCUGAUGUUGUAGUUAAUUCAUCAAUAGAAAAUCCAGUUUCUUGUUGUUCAGACAAUCAGCUACAUACAACUAAAGCUAUAACUACAAACUGUGACUUGUCAUUUAGUCAUGAAUCUUUAACACCGUAUUCUUUUAUUCAACUAUAUCCUGUUAUGAGUUCCGAUGGUAUAUUGUAUUAUAUGACAGGUGCACCAGUUGAAUUAACUCAAACAAAUAAUAAUAAUUCUAAUGAAAUAAAUUUUAAUCAUACUAUCAUAUCUACUAAUUGUGAAUCAAAUUAUGAAUAUACAACAGAUGAAAUUUGUUCAUCUAAUGAUAACAGAAAUGAGAAUAAAAACAGUGAUCAUAUUCAAAUGAAUUCUUCAAUAUCCCAGAAUUUUUCCACGACUGAUAUUGAUUCUGCAUUGCUAGCAAACGAUAUAACUUCAUGUGCUUAUAUUGUGAAUAAUAAUAGUACCAGUAAAAGUAAUGAAGGAACUGUAUACUUCUCUUCACAUUAUGAUGGUAUGUCAACAAACUGUCAACCAGUUUCAGAUUACUUGUCAAAUGAUGUUGAAGUGAUCGAUUUAAAUAUUCCUGUUACUGUUGUUCAUUUGGAUCAAAAUCAUAUUUCUGCUGACUCCCAACUGUCUACAACCAUUUACGAUAUGGAUUCUGUGCCUAAUCAAGAUUUUCCUCUGUCAUAUUCCAAUUCAGAAGCGACAGAUCAAGGGAAAUUAUCUGAACAACUUUCAUUGGCAGUUAGUUGUGAUAAAGACCAAAACAAUCUUGAUAACAGUAAUAAUGAUGUUAAUGAACAAUCGAUAUGUGAGACGACAACAAAAGUUGAAGUUUCGGAUUCGCAUUCAUCAGAGUUGAUGAGUACACAAGUUUCAAAAGAAUCUCAUCUUUCUUUACCACCUACUAUUUUUAAUGCCUCCGAUGCUUCUUCUCAAUUGAAUAAUAAUAAUAGUGAUAAAAUCGACUAUGAGAGCAUUGAUUGUAUAAAGGAAUAUUUAAAUUUUAAUAAAACCAUUACGGAAUCACUAAACAACAAUACGAUAUCAACAUUACAAAACUUCAUUGAAUAAUAACUUAAACAAUAACACUUUAUCUUUAACAAAUCUUUAUCACACUUAUUCGUCAUUAUCCACUUCUGUCUAGUCACUUAUCAACCUCCGCUUAAGUUGUUUACAAUUUUUUUCUCAUAUAUACAUAUAUAAUGUUUUUAGGUAUCAUCUAACUGUUAUGUACAUAAUUGUAAUCAUAGUAUUCAAACGAAGCUUAUUGUUUUAUUUAUAUUGUGUAACUAUAUUCUAUUAUAAAGUGACUUUUUUCUUUUUGCAUUCAUUCAUUUCGUUUUUUACAUUAUUGACUUGUUAAAUAGGUUAUUAUUUCAUUUAUCUCAAAUAUAUUUAUCUUCAUUUAUUCAAAUUAUUCAAUUCAAUUCAAUCUAUCUAUGUCAUACCAUACAAAAACUGUGUGUAUAUUCAUUCACCUGUAAAUAAUUAAAAGAAAACGAAAAUACUGUUAAUUAUUAAUUGAAUUGCAUUUCUUGAAAUAAUUAAUUUUAUUUAAAACACAAU